GUUGCCGGGGAGAAGGCGACGCCGCGCGGCAGCCCGCGCGAACAAAAUGGCGGCGGGCGGCAGCGGCGGGGCCCUGUCCCGGGUGUGCAGAGCGCCGGGCGGGGCCUCGGUGCUCGCCGGGAGCGAUGCGGUGAGCGGAGAGCUGCUGGCGCGGGAGGAGCACUACAAGAGACUGAAUGCAGAAUUAGAAGCAAAAAGAGAAAAGCUGAUGCGUCAGACCGAAGAAGUAAUGAAGAGCCGACAAGAGACACUGUCUAGACCAAUUUCAGUACAAACUAAGUACUGUGAAGAUGGCAAACAGAGAGAUCCACUCUGUCUUAAAGUUCCAUCUCUUACACAUUCUCACACCAAGCCAUCUAACAAGAAGAAAUGUGCUUCUGCAUCCAUGGCUCAGAGUAGAAUGCACUCUGGAAAUAAAGGGAAAAUGAUGACUUUGAGUCCAGAAAUCAAUCUAGAAACACAAAAUGCUGAUGGUGCAGUGUUUGAGGAUUGCACUGAUUUUUCUUUAGCAAGAACAGUGAAUGAAAUUGAAGGAAAACUAGAGUCAGAUUAUCUGGAUGACGAUAUUAUUCCAAACACUGCAAGUGAAAUUGGAGCAGAAGCACAAGUCAGGUUUCUUAAGGCAAAGUUACAUGUUAUGCAGGAAGAGCUGGAUGGCAUCAUGUGUGAAUGCAGGAAAAAGGAUGAUGAAAAUCAGAAUUUAAAAUCUCAGCUUAAAGAUACCGAAGAAGAAAAGAGGAGACUGCAACGAAAGAUGAGCACACAGCAAUGUCAGGCUGAGAAGUACAAGAUGUUAUCACAAGAAGCAAGCAAAAAAUGCGAAGGAUUACAGCAAGAGGUUGCUGCCCUAGAAAAGGAAUUAGAGAACUUAAAGCGUGCACAAAAACAAGCUGCAAGCAGUCAGAGCGCAACAGAAGUUCGCUUAAAUAGGGCCCUGGAAGAAGCAGAAAGGUGCAAAGCAGAGCUGAAUAAACUGAAGCAAAGUAACAAGGAUGUCGCUAACCAAGAACUCAAAACAAUUGAAGAAUUAAAAGCAGAAAAUAAAAAACUACAGAAACAAAAAGGAGAACUAAUAGCAGGUUUCAAAAAGCAGCUGAAGUUAAUUGAUAUUUUAAAGAGACAAAAGAUGCACAUUGAAGCUUCUAGGAUGCUUUCUUUUACUGAAGAGGAAUUCAUGAAAGCUCUUGAGUGGGGAAAUGGUUGAUUCAAACUUGUUUGAAAUACAAGACAGCCAGUAGGUUGUUCUGGCACUACAAGUGUAUGCUAAUAGUUAACAAAUAGAUUCAGUGAAUGGAUUUUGGUGAUUUUGCUCACGUUGAAAUUAUUUCACCUUUAAACGCCUGAUAGGUUGCUUUGGGAUGCUACAUGCAGUGCAGACUUGCUGUCUGUUCUGUAAGGGGCCAAGGGGCACAAAGCGCGGGUGAACUUUAUUAUCUGUUAUUCUGUUUCAGCAUUCAGAACUGUUAGAUGAGGUAAUGUUCCAUCUGAAGAGAAGCCAGAAUGACUAUAAUCUGAAACAACUUAUUGUUUAAAGUUCCUAUUUUAUUUAGGGUAAAAAAUAAAUAUAUUUAUAUAUUUCUGUGGUCACUUUAUACUGGUAAUGGAUACAGACAGGAGCAAUGGCUCCAUAUCACAGGUGCUCCACACGUAUUAUCUCCUGGAAGAUUUUCUGAUCUCAUCAGUAUAACCAAGUAUUAGAUAAAAAUGUGGGUGUAUAUGAGCCAAGCAUAUGAUGUACACAAAUGAACAAGAGUAAUAAAGGCCUGGCUGAUGAAGCUUUGUGAAACCUCA